AUGGCGGAUGCGAUGGUUGCCAAGGUUCGCUCGCCCUUGGCCGAGACGACGAACCGAAUGAACUCCCCGAUCCCUGUGUUGGAACAGCAGUCAAACAAGCUGCCGCGUUACGCCCAGUCCGAAGUGGCUCAUCCCCAGCAUAACCAACCGGCGUCACAUACGAGACCAGAAAGCCGGCAAGCUAUGGCUCCAGCAAACAUCACUCUCAACACCCAAAUGUCUGGUGUAAUACAGCAUCCGUAUCCGCAGCCUGCAGAGGCCGAUAAGCGAAUGUCCCAAGCUUCGUAUGCUUCAACCUCGAGCAGUCGAAGCAAGAAGAACUACAAGACGCAUAUUGGGCCUUGGCAGCUGGGACGAACGCUGGGCAAAGGCUCGUCAGCUCGCGUACGCCUCUGCCGACACAACAUCACCAACCAACUUGCUGCCGUCAAAAUUGUGAACAGAACGAUGGCCUACUUGGUCCAAGAUAGCUCCAUGGCCGCUCUAAGCAAAUGGGACAACAGUCUCCCUGACCAGAUCAACGGAGAGAUGCGCGUUCCCAUGGCAAUUGAGCGUGAAGUGGCAAUUCUUAAACUUAUCGAACACCCAAAUAUCAUGAAACUGUACGACAUAUGGGAGAACCGCUCUGAAAUAUAUCUCAUUCUCGAGUAUAUCGAUCAGGGCGAUCUCUUUACCUUUAUCAACUCCAGAGGACGACUCCCUGAGGACCUUUCCAUCCAUUUCUUCCGACAGAUGAUGAGUGCCAUUUCUUACUGCCAUUCUUUCAAUGUGUGCCAUCGUGAUCUAAAGCCCGAGAACAUUCUCAUCACUGCAGACUUGCAAAUCAAGAUUGCAGAUUUUGGUAUGGCUGCGCUUCACCAAACCGCUACACAUCAGCUUGCCACGGCUUGCGGAAGCCCCCAUUACGCUGCUCCAGAACUACUCAAAAACCGGCAAUAUCGUGGGGACCGGGCUGAUAUUUGGAGCAUGGGCGUCAUUCUCUACGCAAUGCUGUCGGCCACCUUACCAUUUGAUGACCCUGACUUGCGGGUCAUGAUGGCCAAAACAAAGAAGGGACAUUAUGAGAUGCCCAAGGGUCUCAGUCCCGAGGCUGAGGAUCUGAUACGACGAAUGCUCCAGGUAAAUCCUGAACGCCGAAUUACCAUGAAGGAUAUCUGGAGGCACCCCUUGGUUCAGAAAUAUAAGUACCUGGACGAAUUCGGAGACAACACCGCCCAGUUGCCAGACACCCGAAAAGGUUUCCAGUAUACGCCUGUAGCUAGAGCCAACAUUGACCCCCAGCUCCUUCGACAACUUCGAUCUAUGUGGCACAUGUUCAGUGAGCAGGAUCUAAUCCUCAACCUUACAUCCGCAGAGCCAAAUGACCAGAAGGCCUUUUAUUGGUUGCUUUAUAACUAUCGGAACAAGCAGCUGGAAGACUUCAAGCCAGAAUUGGCCCACUCCAUGAGCGACUACCACCAUCUCAAACCAGCUAUUUGGAAGAGGCGUGUCUCAACCUGCCAAUUUGAGAAACCCAGAGCAAAUGGACACGGGCGUUCUAUUUCGCGCUUCACAGUGAUAUCCAACGCCCCCGAUACAGAAAAUGACAACUAUGAUCCAUACCGCAGCAGUCGCAUGCUACAACAAUGCGACACGCAAGUCAGCCAUGCAAAGAUUACUGUGCAUCGUGAUGGCGAGGUUGUUACCACAACUGCAACUGGACAAACUAAUAGAAUGCGCAGCGGCUCCAACACCCGUCGUGUGCGGGCAAACUCAACAAGAGCCUCGCUUACGAGUCGGCCACAAUCCUCUCGUGGAUCACUUGCUUCACUUCGAAGUAGUCGACAAGGAACUCCCAAGAUACGGGUGCCUAGUCUCCGCCACAAACGAGGUGUAGACUUCUCUCAUAUCCGCAAGGGAUCCGGUUCUACUGGACCUGGUCCGCGGGCAGCCAAUCUCAAUACUGGAUCUCCUAUGGUUGUUGUUGGUAACGGAACGGUUCAACGAGUAUCGGCACCGGCCGGCCGAUGUGCAAGUCCAGACUUGGCUAAAAAAGCUGAUGGCACGUACCCUAAGGCUAUGGGCAGCCCUGACAAUAAAUCUCCGAAGAAACACGGUGCUUCUAUGAUUUUCCAUGAAGAGCUGCGCAAAUUCAGCAACACCUGCGCCAAGGACUGCGACGAGGCAUUCAAGACCUCCCUUAUCGUUUACGAUUCAGAGUGCGACUCGUCGACUACCGAGGGUGACCGUAGACACCGGGAAUCCAACCCGUUCUCAGUAUCCCUCGAUAGCCCAACGACGACCAUCUCCCCAGUGACUGACGCAUCCAGCGACUCAUGGAACAGCCGUCCUUUACCUCCACUACCCAAGGUCGUCAGCACGCAGACUCAAGCCACAGUAUCAGAGAGGACUAACGCGCGUCGAAUCUCACCGGACAGAGAUUCUGCCAAGAAUGGGGACGCGGAAGCAGUCAGUAAAGUUCCUGCUCUCCCAAGACAGGUUGACCGCCGGGCUGUCUCAGCUCCGGUUUACACCCAGACACAUAGAAAGCUUUCUACGCUGCCUUCGAUAAAUGAAAAUGCUGGACUUCACGGCGAUGGAGCUCGUAUUGUGUCCGCUCCACCACAGAGCCCUGUGAGACGAGCAAAUGAGAAGAACAGUAGUAUGGACUAUCUUAGCAGGGUUGAACGUACUAUUCGGGUUGUCAACUCACCCACCCCUGGAAACCCGCACAGAUCCUCGAGCCUCGUUGAUACCCAGUCGGCGAACAGAGAUGGAGGCUCUCGGCAUCCCCUUCAUCAGCAGCUCUCCUACGAUGAUAUGGAAUACGAUGAUCAUGUCUACAAUGUGGAAUCCGCCCCCAAGAAGAAGAAGUCAUCUUGGUUUAAGCGAGUCUCUAGAGCAGAAUCCAGCACCGGUUCCAGCGACAGCGGAGCACGCCGGGCAAGCAGUUCCACAGACUCCAAGCAACAUCGUUCCGACGAGGAGUCUAGUGAACAAAGCAAGAAGAGAAACUUUACCUUUCCAUUUUGGAAGAGCAACAAGGGCAAGGAAACUGGUAUGACUAUUGAAGGUCUGGAGGAUGUGCCUGAAAAGCAGCAAGAGUCGGGCCGGGCAGUCGUGCGAAAGCGACGAUCCGGCGUGGCUGGAUCAAGCUCGGGUGGCACCCGGCAUAUUGAAGUCAAGCAGAAUUGGCUUACGCGCCUAUUCCGCGUCAAGCCAGCGACUGGCUAUCUUUGCAUGACCUUGACCUGCCAGCGAGCUCGCCAGGAGGUUGUGAUUUUGUUGCGCGAUUGGCGGCGUUAUGGCAUAAGAAUUGCGCAGGUUGACAAGCAGCGCAACAUCGUCUUUGGAAGACUGAGAGCUAAGAACUACUUGAAUUUGAGAGAAGUCGAAUUUGCUGCGGAGAUCAUGAAGGUGAUUGAGCAUGGCAAGAAGCAGCCACUUUGCAUUGUCCGAUUCACCCAAGAACGCGGCGCGGCAAGCACUUUGCAUCGCAUUGUUCACACGAUGAAGGUUAUGUUUGAGAGCCGACACCUGUUGGUUACUGACAAAAGUAAGAAGAAGAUGAUGAUCAAUACGCUCAACUCACACGAAGCAAAAACCACCAACUUAUGA